CAAUGUUGUGACAUGUUGGGUUGAAAUGUUGCGAUCGUUUGGCCGGGGCUUAAAAGCCCUACAUCCUAGUUCAACAAACAAAGUGAGACGUAAGACAAUUCAAGUUCACAUAAACGGAAAUUUUACGGGCCACAAUGAUCGUGGGCUCAAGCUUUCUGAUAAGUGUCAGGACAAACGUUUUGAGCAUGGCAGCCUCUAGUGAUGAAGGUAAUAAAGAGAACGUGGCUAAUGGAGAAGCCGAACAAAUCGUGACAAUGGAAAAAGUAGUUGCAGCGGACAACAAGGGAAUCGAUUACGACAAGUUGAUCAGACAGUUUGGUUGUUCAAAGUUGGAAGACAGACACAAAGAAAGGAUUCAAAAAUUGACAGGGAAACCACCUCACCAUUUGCUAAGAAGGGGUGUGUUCUUCUCUCACAGGGAUCUUGACUAUGUUCUGGAUAUGUACGAAAAGGGAAAGCCAUUUUAUUUGUAUACUGGACGAGGUCCAUCCUCAGAAGCAAUGCACAUGGGACAUCUGAUUCCUUUCAUCUUCACAAAAUAUCUACAGGAUGCCUUCAAUGUACCCUUGGUGAUCCAGCUGACAGAUGAUGAAAAGUUUUUCCUAAAGGAUUUGGAAUGUGAAGAAGCACACAGGCUGGCUUAUGAAAAUGCAAAAGAUAUUAUCGCUUGUGGCUUUGAUGUAAAGAAGACUUUUAUCUUCUCUGAUAUUGAUUACAUAGGGAGCAGCUCAGAAUUUUAUAAGAACAUCAUCAAGAUACAGAGAUGUGUGACAUACAACCAAGUAAAAGCCAUCUUUGGAUUUGGCGAGAGUGACUGUAUAGGUAAAAUAGCUUUUCCUGCCAUCCAAGCUGCCCCAUCUUUUAGUCAUUCGUUUCCUCUCACGUUUGGCAGCAGAAAAGAUGUGCCGUGUCUUAUCCCUUGUGCAAUAGAUCAGGAUCCGUACUUCAGAAUGACGCGAGAUGUGGCUCCACGACUUGGUUGUCCAAAGCCAUCUCUGAUAUUUUCCACAUUCUUUCCUGCUCUGCAAGGUGCAAAAACAAAAAUGAGCUCAAGUGACCCAACCUCUUCAAUCUUCCUCACUGAUUCCCAGGCUCAGAUUAAAAAGAAGGUGAAUAAGUAUGCCUUUUCUGGUGGUCGCGAUACUGUAGAAGAUCACAGGAAAUAUGGCGGAGAUGUGACAGUGGAUAUUGCUUACCAGUAUCUUACCUUCUUCUUGGAGGACGAUGAAAAACUAGCUCAAAUAAAAGAGGACUAUUCCAGUGGUAAGAUGCUUUCAGGGGAAAUCAAGAAAGAACUCAUUUCAGUUCUACAGCCAUUAGUUGCAGAACAUCAAGAAAGAAGAAAACUAGUCACAGAUGAAGUUGUUAAAGAAUUUAUGACUCCAAGAAAAUUAGAAUUCCCUGGUCUUAACUCCUAAGCACAAACCUGACAGUAAAAAUAUUGUUGGUAAUAAAGAUUUUAAUUUAGAAAUGGGCCACCACAUGCAGUGGGUUAUAAUUCUUAUACUUGAGGUGGAGAAAUACCUCUCUUGUUUUGUGCUUAGUUCUUUCUUUGUUGAAGAAUUUCUAAGAUUUGACAGGAAAAUUCAGAUGAUGUAAACUUACAGAUAUCUGUGUAGUUAGUUGUUCCUCAUGUACAAACUGACAGAACCAAGGUAUGACCCAUCACUGAUAUGUGAUUUUUUGAGAAGCUUUGUCACCAGUAUUUCGUUUCUUUGGGGUUAAAUUUUAGACAUCUUUCAAGUGUAGAAGACUUAAUAUAAGAACGUCAAGAGAGAGAUGCCUGAAAAAUGGCACAGUUGGAUCUCUUGUCAGCAGGCACCCUUGGGACCUAAACAGAAGGUGACUGCUUAGAAGUACCCAAUCAUCUGAGCUGACACAAAGUUUUUUAUGCAUAACAGGCAUGUUGUUACUCAUUAUUUUAAAAUGCCUGGUUGGUGGAGUAGCCCAGAUCCAAACCCGCAACCUCCUGUGUUGGAGGCAGAUGCCGAACCACCCACCUGAGCUCUACUGUAACCCAACAUGGUUUUUCAUGUUCUACAGGACAUGCACCAAAGUGAGUCCAACACGCUGCUUACCCUGCAGUUGGACAUAUUUCAAAUACAUCUACAAUUAGACUAUACACAUGUCUAACAAAAUUGCUUUUAAUUAAUGAUCGUAAUUUCUCUACACAUUCAUCAUUGUUAAAGUAUUUAGAGUUCAGAGAGUAAAAAAUUUAGAUCAGAAUGUUUAAAAAAAUGAUGCCUAGGUACAAAAUAACCUGAUUUUACAGUACUGUAAUACAAGUUACAGUAUUUAAGACUGUGUUACAGUAUUUAGGGCAGCGAUACUCUUACUGUGCCUUUCAAUAACACAAAUUAUGCUCAGGCAAUGGUUUCAUGUUUUGCUGCCAUCAGUGAUCUCAGUGCACCUCAAGAAACAGAGGCUUACUUCAACAUGUUAGAAAGGUCACGUCUGUGGGUUGUGAUUCAUUGCUAGAUUUUGUUUCAUUUUGUUUGUUUCAUUUUUUCAACGGUUAUUGGAUGUUGUAAUUAUGAUUGACAGCAGCCAAAAAUGUAAAUGUUAGUUAGUAUUGAACUUCAGGGUUUAUGAGUUAUUCAAAGGCACAGUAAAGUAGAAGACCUAAGUUGUAAUAAAAGGUAGAGUGAAGUUCAGAGCAUUUCAUCAAUAUGAAUUACACUUUUGUGUUGUGGUGUGACUAUAAGCAAUAAAAAUAGUUAUCAAUAUCUUAUUUUUUAUCUUGGAAAUAAUUUGCUCAUUCACUUCCUACCAAAGAUGUUAAAAUAAACAGAAACUACCACAGAAAGUA